AUGAGUCGGCCGCCGCGGAGUCACAGUCGCAUGAGCCAGAGCAGUAAUCAGAUUGGGAGCAGGUCGUCAGACGAAGAUGUGAAGACCUCAGUCAAAGUCGUGGUCCGAGUUCGACCCCCUCUGGGUCCGUCAGAUCCCGGCUUUGACCUCAUUCCCCAAAGAUUCCAGCGGUCGAUGGUACAAGUUAACACAAACACUAGUCUUGCCGUUGAGUCACCACAGGGACGAAAGAUCUUCAUCUUCGACCGCGUCUUCGGCGAGGACGUCACCCAAAAAGCAGUGUGGGAGUAUCUGCAAGACAGUGUGGAUUCCUUCUUGCAGGGCUACAAUGUCUCAUUGCUCGCCUACGGCCAAUCCGGAGCGGGCAAGAGUUAUACUAUGGGCACAUCCGGUCCCACCGAACAGUUUGAUACUUCGUUGAAAGCAGGCGUCAUUCCCCGAGCAGCACAGUAUCUGUUCGAGAGUCUCGGUGGCGGCGCAGCGCAGGCGGCGCACAGUAGACACAACUCUGGCCUAAAAUCGCCUACUAGAUAUUCAGUCACGAGCUUGAAUCAGGUCAUGCAAAACUCAAAGUCCUUCAUUGACAAGGGGUGGGACAUGUCGGUCACAUAUGUUGAAAUCUACAACGAACAGCCGAGAGAUCUCCUGCUCCCAGAGGAUGCACCGUUCACCGAGAGAGCCAAUGUCCAGAUACGAGAAGACCCUCGUGGCCGGAUAUUUGUGGAAGGCUUAAACUCGGUACGCGUGUCCACGGUUGAAGAGCUCAUGCGUGUUCUCAAUCAUGGAUCUGCAAUUCGACAGACCGAUGCCACCGCCAUCAAUGCCCGAUCAUCGCGAUCACAUGCCGUCUUUACGAUCAACCUCCGCCAAACCAAGGCCCAAGGAUUUCCCUCGGCGAAAGACAAGCGGUCUUCAACUGUGGUGGAUCAUAUGUCUGGCGGCGACUCUCCAAUGACUGUCGAAAGCAAGCUUCACUUCGUCGAUUUGGCCGGUAGUGAACGACUCAAGAACACCGGUGCUACGGGUGACCGUGCGAGGGAGGGCAUUUCCAUCAACGCAGGAUUGGCCAGUUUAGGCAAAGUGAUUUCACAACUGUCAUCAAGGUCGCCGGGCACUUAUGUGUCGUACAGAGAUUCGAAAUUGACGCGGAUGCUUCAGGACUCCCUUGGUGGGAACGCGAUUACAUACAUGAUUGCUUGCGUUACACCCGCAGAGUUCCACCUCAGUGAGACUCUGAAUACCGUGCAAUAUGCGCAGAGGGCUCGAAACAUCCAGAGCAAACCCAAGAUCCAGCAGGUCGACGACGGUGCAGACAAGCAAGCUGUGAUCGAACGAUUGCGGACCGAAAUUGCCUUCCUGAGACAACAGAUCCGCAGCGCUGAGUCGAGCGAUCGCCGGCCGGGCAUGACCUCUGAGCGAUCAGAUCGUCCCAGUGACCGAGAAAAUGAACUGCACAACCAGUUGCUGGAUGUUCAGGAAAGCUACAAUGCCCUUAGCCAGAGACAUGCCAAACUAGUAUCGGAACUGACCAGAAGUACCGAGCCUCUCGACCAAGUCAACAUUGUGGGAGAAAGUGCAGUGGAUCGCUUGAAACGGUCUCAGGCUAACCAAGAAAUGAUCGAGCAAGUGGUUAUGGAAUAUGAGAAGACGAUCCAGAGCCUCGAAACAAACCUGUCAAAUACCCGAUCUUCGCUCGCCAACACCGAGAGCAACCUGCUUGAGAAGGAGACCAAGUGUGCUUACAUCGAGACCAUGAAUCAGCAGCUUAAUGCCCGCGUUCAGAAAUUGAUGGACAGGGAAUCGAAUACCGAACAAUAUCUGAACGACCUGGAGGCGAAGCUUGACGAUCAGAGUUCUGGAGGUGAAAGCAAUGACGCGAUCAUCUCAGAUCUACGCAAGGAGAUUGCCCGGAUCAGAGAAAGCGAGACAAACGCUGAGGACUACAUCUGUACUCUUGAAGAGCGCCUGGCGGAGUCGGAUCAAGACAUGGAAAUCAUGCAGCGUGAAAUUGAGAGACUGCAACACCUUGUUGAGCGCCAACGGAGUCUCGGCAAGCUCGACAAUCUGCUAUAUGAGCUUGAUCACAUCCAAGACAGAGACGGCAAAGUCAAAGCAGGAAAUUCGACCCAGACAAAUGGACACACGGACGCCCACGCCGAUGGACACAAAAAGGAUCUGGAAGGUGCUGAAGCCAUUGAACUGCCCGCGCAGGACGAAGACGAGCUCAUCGAGCAUGCCGAGGACUCCCCAGAACAAAUGCCUGCAGAGAGCGAUGAAGCCGGCCUCGCGAAGCUGGAAACCGCCCUCGCUCAACAGGAAGGUCUCCAGGCUGAGCAACUGCAAGAUCCUCUGCCGAGUCCCGCACAGUCCAAAUUCAUUACCGAGAAGUUCGAAUCAGUCAGUCAAGAGCUGUUCGACCUGCGGCUCGAGCACGAAUCGACCGUCAAUGAGCUGGACUUGUUAUCAGCCAAAUACCAGGAGGCACUUCGAACGCUGGCAGAGAUGCAGGACUCUAUUGAUCAAGAUCGUCAAUCUGCAGUGUCGCCGCAGGAAACUGGGGUUCAUGAAAACACGGCGGAUGAGGCUUUUUUGGCUGAGGCGGAGACGCAAGAGGAGGAUGACGGUCAACAAGAGCCAUCCUCGCGAUCGCUUUCUUCGGAAUUAUCCUUGGUGGAGGAAUCAUCAACUUCAAUCGAUACCGACAUUACUCCAAUGUCUAAGCAGACUCACUCCAUGGAAAUUCAGUCACGGGAAGUUGAAAAGCUGCAGAGUCUCCUGGCGGAACACGAACGAAACCUGAAGGAAGUGUCUGAGCAGUACGCGCAGCUCCAGAACGAUCAUAAGGAGGCUUUGACCACUGUGGACCGCCUGAAGUCCCAGAUGAAGCAAACGAGGCCCGCGUCUCCAGGUACGCCCGGCAUGCUCAGGCGCAUGACUUCCCAGACCGGAACCGGGGUCGAUCGAGGUCAACGUUCCGUCACAUCUCUGAGAGCUCUGAUUGCCGAAGAAUUUGAGUCAAAGCCUGACCGCAUGGAAACUGCAGAAGUCCACCUGUCCGCCGCAAACACCGAACUGCAAGCGCGGCUGGAACGUAUCCAGGCUCUCGAAGCGGAAGUCAAGAAUGCUAAGAAGGAGAUGGAGGUCAAGUCUACGAUCAUUUCGGGCCUGACGAGAGAACGAACCAGUAUCAAAGCCGGAUCUCCUGUCGACCUCAACAUGGUGUCCCAGCUUCGAGAUCAGAUCAUCCAGAAAGAGACGGAGUUGAAGUCGAUGCACGAAAGCUACGCCCGCCGUGAACAAGAAUUGCAAGAGGAGAUCCAGAGGGUCAUCGCUGAGAAAGCAAAUGUGCAGACACCUCCCCCAUCACCAGGACACGAGGAAAGGAUCGACGCUCUGAAUCAACAACUGGACGAACUCAAAUUGCAGCUCGAGUCAUCACAGCGAGCAGUUGAAGAGGGCCAAAAGAACUAUAAUCGCACCAAGGCCGAGCUUGAGAUUGCUCUAGCAAGCGUGGCUACUCUCAAAGCUCAACAAUCUUCGGGAGAAGGCGACGCCGCUUUGGCACGAGCUGCCGCUGCAGAUGCCAUGCAGACGGAGCGUGACAACUACGAAGAAUUGAUCAACAGCCUCAAGCAGCAAGUCGAAGAGCAACAAACGGUGAAUGCAGAUCAUGCUGCAAAGAACUCCGAACUCCGUCAACUCCAUGCUGCGCUGACAAAGGAUUAUGACUCUUCCGCGGAUAUGGUCAAGUCACAACAACGGGAGAUCACUACCUUGAGGGCUGAAAUUGCAGACCUCCAAGAGAAGGUCAAGCAUGCUGAAGCACAAGUUCAACUCCACAAGCAGAGUUUGAAAGCUCUGCACGAUUCACAUGCAAAUGAGAUCGAGGAGAUGAAGCUAGCUCACGGCGGCGCACUAGCGGGAUAUGAUGACCAGCUUUCCGAAAUGAUCAAGAAGCAUGAAAAAUUGGAGGCGACUUACAAGAAAGAUCUCGAACAUGCCCUCUCGACGGUGCAGAAACUUGUGUCCGGCGCUCAAGAGGCACUUGGCCACCCCACGACAGCAGAUAUGCUUGCCAACCACAUUCAAGAUCUAGUAGAGGAGAAGCGUGCGAUGGAAAAGGCCAAUGCGCGCUUGACUGGCACCAAUGCCGAACUUGAGCGGCAGCUCGACGGUAGACAGAGCUUGCUUGAGCUGGAGGAAGAGCUGGAGAACGCUAACACCAAGAUCAACCACUACCAGGAAACCAUCCGGAGCCUUGCCAACGAGGUCGGCAACCACGAAGAGACCAUCCGCGAGAAGGAGGCGCUGCUGAAGAAGGCGGAAGCCAACCUGCAAGCUGUGGAGGCCGAGAAGGCCAAGAAGAUGGUGAUGAUUGAAGAGCUGGAGCAACAGUUGCAGAACAGCUUUGAUCAACACCACAACCGACUCUCCGUCAUUCAAGCACAGGGCAACCAAGCCCUAAUCGAAGCGCAACAGCGCAUUGCGCUCCUCGAGCAGGAUCUCAACCAGCGGGCAUCCAUCAACGAGGCCGGGUCCGACAGCGGGUCUCGCACUCAGACGAUGAAGUCACAGCAUCGCCCACAAUCGCCACAGGCAGAAGCGGCCCGCUCCAACUCCAUGACCUCAAACUUGCGGAAGUCGGCGUCGAUCGCAUCUCUACCUUCACCGCCGCCAGCCAUCCCUCUUCCACCUCUCCCCGCCCUGCCUGGCGGCUUGCAGAUCACUUCCCCGACGCCGGCUCCUAGCACUGUCGCGAGCAACCCUUCACCGCCGCAGUCCCGCCACGCGUCCAAGGAGGUCGCACUUCCCGUCACUCCCGUCUCCGGUACGGUCGUCUCCACGAACUCGCGCGACCGCUCGGAUACACGUCGGCAAUCCGUACUGCUCGAGGAGCAAGAGAACCGAUUGCGCACCAUCGAGAAACACCUCCACGCGGAGAAACAACUCACUGCCACGCUGGAGGAGGCGUUGGUCGACUUGGAAACCCAGUCCAACAAGUUACGAGUGGACGCCGAGAACUGGAAGAAGAAGGCGUGGGCGAUGGAGGAAGAGCUCUCCGGGCUGAAGAAAGAGAGGAGAUCCGAGCGACUGAGUGUGCAAGCCGUGGAGGAGGAGGUCAAGAAGAGAAGGGAGGCGGAAGCUGCUCGCGCGCAACUCGAAGAGAGGAUGAGGCUCCUCACCGUGGGCAAGGAUGGAAAGACGAAGAAGCGCAAGGGCACCAGUUUGAAUUGUUUCUAA